AUGGUGACCGGGCCCAAGUACAAUGGCAAGUACCUCCAAUCGUUGCUCCGUCGGCACCUCGGCGACACCAAGCUGGACGGGGCUCUCACCAGCGUGGUGAUCCCGGCCUUCGAUAUCACCCACCUGCAACCCACCAUCUUCUCCAGCUACCACCAGCUGAAGAACCAGCCAGCGAAGAACGCGCUCCUGUCAGACAUCGCCAUUGGCACCUCCGCCGCACCCACCUUCUUCCCGGCGCAUUACUUUGAGACCGAAGACGGCAAGGGCGGCACAAGGGCCUUCAACCUCAUUGACGGCGGCGUCGCCGCCAACAACCCUACACUAUGCGCGAUGAGCCAUGUGGCAGAGGACAUCAUCGUGGCUGGGAACGGUGACUUGCUUGGGAAGUCAUACAUGGUCAUCUCCAUCGGCUGCGGGACGUCUUCAAAUCCGAAAGGCAAGUAUAGUGCUAAGGACACCGCCCAGUGGGGCAUCCUGGACUGGAUCCUCAAGGGCAGCACCGUCCCGAUCCUCGACAUGUUCAACGCGGCUAGCGGCGACAUGGUCGACAUCCACCUCUCCAUCCUCUCCGCCGCCCUCGGCUCCUCCCAUCAAUACCUGCGUAUCCAGUACGGUCAACUAAGCGGAAGCGCAGGCUCAAUCGACGACUGCUCCAAAGCUAACUUGGAUAAGCUGGUGGAGAUUGGGAAUGAGCUUCUCGGGAAGAAGGUAUCUCAGGUGGACCUAGAGACAUGCCAGAAUGUGGAGGUACCCGACGAGGGUACCAACGCGGAGCAACUAGCUAAGUUUGCAAAGCAGCUCUCCCAUGAGAGGCGUCGCCGUCACAACGAACUAGCAACUACACAGACCUAG